AUGGACAUGAGAGGCAUGAAGCAGGAGAUGGAUGACGACCUGCACACGUGCAUCAUCUGCAAGGAAGAGUUUCUGGAAGAGGAACAAUACUGGAAGCACAUGAGACACGUGCAUGCCGACAUCAAUCCCAUCCCGUCAAACUCAAACAACAACAACAGUAGCAGUAACAACAACAACAACAACACAAGUGUGAAGACCAAUUUGAAAGAUUUACCCUUGUACACCUGUAGCGUCUGUCAGAAGCUUUUCACUCAAGAGACUUACCUGCUGAAGCACAUCGAACACAAAACUGAUACCCAACACCAGGAAACCUACAAACGAAUCCUGAAGAGCAUCCAACAAGGUGGUGGUGGUGGGGAAAGAAGAAUGUCCGACGGUGGUGGGGGUGGCAUUAUGAAGGGGGGCUUGAUGCUGCCCUCAUCAUCGGAAGGCCACUCGAGUAAGAGUAUGAAGGAGAAGGAUUAUUUCAGAGAGGAUAUGUUCAAAUUCAACCAGAGGGAUUCCUGCUUGAAGUACAUGGAUGCCUUUCCUGAUGUCACUCAACAACAGCAACAACAUCACCACCAACAGCAACAACACCACCACCAUCACCACCACCAUCAUCACCAGCAACAUCAACACCAUCAACAACAGCAGCAACAAAUGAGAUUCGGUAUGAACUCGUUUAGCAGCAGCGCAAGCAGCAGUGCAGCAGGGGCUAAUGACGAAUCCAAGCAGAACAACGGCUGGUCUAGAGACAUGUAUAGCGACAAUUUUUCUUCAUCCACCGAUAUGGCGGGCAAACAUUUACCGCACCUAAAAUCCAAGUACGACCAAGACAUGAGAUCAAACAACAAUAACAACAGCAGCAGCGGUGGCUUACAGGUGAACAAGUCGUUGUCGUCGUCUUCAUCAUUUUCAUCAUCGUCUUCGUUGCUAGACAAAAAUGAGAUGGACGACAUGUCGAACGAUGACUUCAACAACAACCACAACCAACAGCAACAACAACAGCAACCACCUUUCUACCAAAGACCGCCAAAGAACAACUCAUCCUCUAAUAUGAUUGGUCACACGAACACCAAUCACAGCAACCUUGGUCAAGUCUACAUGUCGGCAGCCAAUCAGCAGUCAGAUUUCGUCAAUCAGUCCCCAGGCCAGUCCAACGAAUCCUGUAAUAACAUCAUAAUGAACAACAACAACAACAACAGCAACAGUCUCAAAAAAAUAUUGAAGAGAUAA